UCUUCGUGCGUUCAGCAGCAGCAGCGGCAGCCGCCGCGGCCGGUCACUUGCAAGUGGGAAGGUCACAGCGGUGAGCCGGGGGAGCCUUCAAAAAGCAUCUCGGCGAUGGCUUCCCGCAUCUCUCGCCGAUUCUACCGGCUAGAAGGCACCGAAGACAUCGCGCUCGACCGAGGUGCCAGCGCCGAGGCCGAGAACCGAUGGGUAUUCGAAAUAGCGUGGGAAGUCGUCAAUAAAGUUGGAGGCAUUUACACGGUGAUCCGUUCCAAGGCCGAGGUGAGCGUGGAAGAACUGGGAGACCAGUUCUGUCUCUUGGGCCCCUUGAAUGAGAACCUGGUUCGCACCGAGGUUGAGGUCCUGGAACCACCUUACAGCGUCUUUUGGAACAGCAUCAAAGCCAUGAGAGAACAAGGCAUCAAGGUUGUCUAUGGAAGGUGGCUCAUUGACGGCUACCCUCAAGUCCUUCUUUUCGACAUUGGUUCGGCCGCCUGGAAACUCGACGAGUGGAAGCGUGACCUGUGGAAUACAUGCAGCAUCGGUGUCCCAUGGCAUGACCGGGAGUCCAAUGAUGCGAUCAUCUUUGGCUACCUUGUCGCUUGGUUUUUACAAGAUUUCCUGAAGGCAGUGACUGCCGAGAAGGGCCCCCCACUGGUCACGGCUCAGUUCCACGAGUGGCUCGCUGGCAUCGGACUGAUUCUGUGUCGCACCAGGCACCUUGAUGUGUCCACCAUAUUCAUCACACACGCAACACUGCUGGGCCGGUACUUGUGUGCAGGAAAUGUUGACUUCUACAACAACCUUGACAAGUUCGUUUUAGAUAAAGAGGCUGGAGACAGAGGGAUCUACCACCGCUACUGCAUGGAACGGGCUGCCUGCCACAGCGCUCAUGUGUUUGCUACAGUCUCAGACGUGACAGGCAUGGAGGCGGAGCACUUGCUCAAGAGAAAGCCAGACGCCAUCACGCCAAACGGACUCAACGUCAAGAAGUUCAGCGCACUUCAUGAGUUUCAAAACAUGCACGCCAUAGCCAAGGAGAAGAUCCACGACUUUGUCAGAGGCCACUUUUAUGGGCACUACGACUUCGACCUCGACAAAACUCUGUACUGCUUCACUGCGGGAAGGUACGAAUUCUCCAACAAGGGUGCAGACAUGUUCAUAGAGUCCUUGGCACGUCUCAAUCAUUACUUAAAGACUUCAGGAAGCGAGGUUACCGUGGUUGCUUUUCUAAUCUUCCCUGCCAAAACAAACAACUUUAACGUCGAGUCAUUACGAGGCCAAGCAAUCUCCAAGCAACUACGUGACACAGUGCAGCAAAUACAGUCUACAAUCGGGAAGCGCAUGUUCGAGAUCUGCCUUUCGGGCAAGAUUCCCAAAGGUGAAGAACUGAUCUACCCAGAAGAUUUGGUGCGGUUGAAACGCUGCAUCUAUGCAACCCAGCGCACAACACUACCUCCGAUCUGCACUCACAACAUGGUGGAUGAUUCCUCUGACCCUGUUCUGUGCCACAUUCGACGAUGUCAGCUUUUCAAUCGUAGGGAGGAUCGUGUUAAGGUCAUUUUUCAUCCAGAAUUCUUGUCAUCUACAAACCCAUUGUUCAGCAUGGAUUAUGAAGAGUUUGUUAGGGGUUGCCACUUGGGUGUCUUUCCUUCAUACUAUGAACCUUGGGGCUACACGCCUGCGGAGUGCACAGUCAUGGGCAUUCCCAGCGUCACCACCAACCUGUCUGGCUUUGGGUGCUUCAUAGCCGAGCAUGUUGCUGACCCCAUGUCCUAUGGCAUCUACAUUGUCGACAGGAGAUUCAAAAAUGCCGAGGAGUCAGUCCAGCAGCUCGCUCAGUACUUGUUUGAUUUCUCCUGCCUGUCACGGCGGCAACGAAUAAUCCAGCGAAACCGCACGGAACGCCUGAGCGACCUGUUAGACUGGAAAAACCUAGGAGUGUACUACAGGAAGGCACGCCAAAUGGCCCUGCACAGGACACACCCCGAGCUCUUGGAAGGCGACGUUGGGACCAGGUCACCGGUAUUGUCAGUCAGUGCAGGUUCUCUUCUCAAGUGACGCUGGAGCACCCGUCAUCACUUCUACUCCGAAGCAAUAAAACACUUCUG